UAUAGAAAUAUGCGGGAAUUGUUGCUGCUGUGCGUGCUGGUCGCUCAAAUAAGUCACGUCGCACCACAUGAGGGUCAUCAUCACGAGGAUGAAGAAGGUUCUAUGAACGCUGCGAAGUUCCGAUAUUCAAAGCAAGCUAAUACCGGAGCUGAUCACGGACACCAUCAUCAUGACCAUGACCACGGGCAUCAUCAUGACCAUGACCACGGGCAUCAUCAUCAUCAUGACCAAGACCACAAACACCAUGACCACGGGCACCAUCAUCAAGACCAUGACCACGGGCACCAUAAUCAUGACCACGGACACCGUGAGCACGGGCAACAAAAACAUAAUUCGUUUAAAUAUGACCAAGAUUUGUGGAUACAGGCUUUAGGCUCAACUGCACUCAUAAGCGCAGCUCCAUUUUUUAUACUCUUCUUUAUCCCAUUGCAAAGUAAUGAUGCCCAAUAUCAGCCUUUAUUGAAGGUUCUUUUGAGCUUUGCCAGUGGAGGACUUUUAGGAGAUGCUUUUCUACAUCUUAUUCCACAUGCAGUUGAGUAUCAGAACCAUCACGUUAGUAAUGAUCAUGGGCAUCAUCAUGGACAUGAUCACAGUCAUGGUCACUCACACGGAGGUGGACACGCUCACGUACAUGAUUUAACAAUUUGGCUCUCAGUCAUCGGAGGUUUUGCUCUAUUUCUUUUGAUCGAAAAAUUUGUUCGUUUGUGCAAUGGAGGCGAACACAGCCAUUCACAUGGAAAUUCACAUGCGCAUUCUCAUGGAAAUGGGAAAGAAAAUAAAGGACAUGGAAAAGAUAAACCUGCAAAGAAAGCCAAAACCAGCGACUCAGAAAAAAGUUCAGAAGAUGUUCCAGACAAAAGUAAGAGCAAGAAGAAGCCGGAACCAUCUAGAGGUAAAAUGAGCAAAGAGUCCAAGGAAGAGGAAUCUGAUUGUCAUCAAGAGGUGAAAGUAUCAGGCUACCUUAAUCUAGUGGCUGACUUCACUCACAAUUUCACAGAUGGCUUAACAAUCGCAACCUCCUACCUUUUGGGACCUCAAGUUGGAGUUGUGUCUACGGUGACAAUUCUAUUCCACGAAAUCCCACAUGAAAUUGGGGACUUCUCGAUUUUGAUCCAGUCGGGGUUCAGCAAGCGCAAGGCUAUAAUGAUGCAGCUUCUGACAGCUGUUGGAGCUUUGUCUGGAACCUUGAUCGGACUGCUCGCACAGGGAUUAGGAGACGAGUUCAUUAAUUUGUACAUUCUUCCAUUCACAGCCGGUGGUUUUAUCUACAUAGCAACUGUUUCUGUAAUUCCAGAGCUUCUGGAGGAGUCAAGAUUUGUUCCAACUAUUGUCCAGUUGAUUGCAAUGGUAUUGGGGGUAUAUUUGAUGGUCGUGAUAUCAUGGUAUGAGUAAUGUUUUAAAAACAGGUGCUUAUAACGAACAUUUUACUUAUAAAGGCUGAAUAUGUACAUUUGGAAUUAACUUGGAAAAAUGGAGUAUCAAAAAUAUAAACAUCUCGUUGCUUCAUUAAAUGUUGAAUUGAUAUGCUCGGUAGUUUUGUUAUAGGUUAAUGCGCUUCAAUUUACAACUGAUCGGUUAUUUAUAUUAUGUUUAUAAAAAGCUUUUGAAGUUUCAAUUUGUGCCAAGAAUGCGUAAUAAGAAGUAUGGUUGAA